CAUCAAAACCGAAUUUCUCCGAUCAAAUCCCGAUCAAAAUUCACAAAAAAGAAAAUGGCACAACAAACUCCCUCCACCAUAUGCAUCGCCGCCGUCCUCGCGAUUCUCUUCGCCGUCGCCGCCGACGCUCGUUUCCACCGCGACCUCCCCGUGACCGAACCCACCCCGACGAACGGCGACCGGUUCCCGGACGACGAUCCCAUCCUCCUCCUCCCGAGCGACGACCAGCUCGUCGCCGGCGAAUCAUCGGAAAAUUCGCCGGCGGCGAAGGAGGAGGAUGAGAAGAAGACGGCGGAGGAGGCUCCCGUGACGGUGGUCGGAUUCCGCCCAAUCAACCGCCACUUCGCCAUCCCUCCGGUCAGCCGCCGCCCUCACCUCCGCCGCGGGUGCCGCCACGGCCACACCAUCAGAGGGCUGAGGCCGUGGACCCCGCGGUACGGCAGGAUCCGGUACGGCAACGAAGACGUCCUGGCAGCCGCCGCCGCCGGCAAGGAUUUGAGCGGCGGCCGUCCUGUCGGCGAUUCGGCCGACCUACCGCUAAGAUGGGGGCAGCCGGGCUACAAGUACGAGAGGCCGGCGGUCAUCGAUCUCAGCGAUGAAGUUAUCGUCACCGGCGACGGAGAGCAUCUGCAGGAGAACCUUAUCCUGAACAAGAUUCGCAAGUUUCUGAAGCAAUUUUGAAGGUUGUUGUAUAUAUAUAAAUGGUAAUUUCCGCCUACACGGUAGAGAAUAAUUAAUCAGAUGAUGAAAAUGUGUAUCUAUGGGUAGUUGUAAAUGCAAUUACUAACUAUGUGGUCUUUUCCCCGCUGAAAUCUUGAUUCAGCUAUUUUAUUGUAAUUAAUUAUUAUAUUUGUAUAUUGAAAUAAAUUUUCAUUUUUAUUUUGAAUUAUAUGGAUUCUAAAUUGCUCCUCCGUUCUCCAAUGCCUUAGGGUGUGCAGUCCGACCGUACCAAACUCAUGAGGAGCAUGGUUCAAUAUUAAACGACGUUUUAGGAU